GGCCUUAGCCAGGCGGGGCCUGUUCCCUUCGCCCUGGGUCGCCGCAGGCGCCUACGCCGGCAGCCUCAUCUGCGCGGCACGUGACCCGCACCGGCUGCGGGCACUUGAGGGCAAGAUCCCGCGCGGCCCCGGAUGUGAGUCGCGGGCUGUUUUACUUAGAACAUGGUGAAACUAAUUCACACAUUAGCUGAUCAUAGUGAUGACGUCAACUGCUGUGCCUUCUCCUUCUCCCUCUUGGCUACUUGCUCCUUGGACAAAACGAUUCGCCUGUACUCGUUAAGUGACUUUACUGAACUGCCGCACUCUCCGUUGAAGUUUCACACCUAUGCCGUCCACUGCUGCUGUUUCUCCCCUUCAGGACAUAUUUUGGCAUCGUGUUCAACAGAUGGUACUACUGUCCUAUGGAAUACUGAAAAUGGACAGACGUUGGCAGUGAUGGAACAGCCUAGUGGCAGCCCUGUGAGGGUUUGCCAGUUCUCCCCAGACUCCACAUGUUUGGCAUCAGGAGCAGCUGAUGGAACUGUGGUUUUGUGGAAUGCACAGUCGUACAAGUUAUAUAGAUGUGGUAGUGUUAAAGAUGGCUCCUUGGUGGCCUGUGCAUUUUCUCCUAAUGGAAGCUUCUUUGUCACUGGCUCCUCAUGCGGUGAUUUAACAGUGUGGGAUGAUAAAAUGAGGUGUCUGCAUAGUGAAAAAGCACAUGAUUUUGGAAUUACCUGCUGCAAUUUUUCUUCACAGCCAGUUUCUGGUGGAGAACAAGGUCUUCAGUUUUUUCGAUUGGCAUCAUGUGGUCAGGAUUGUCAAGUCAAAAUUUGGGUUGUUUCUUUUACCCAUAUUUUCGGUUUUGAAUUAAAAUAUAAAAGUAUGCUGAGUGGGCACUGUGCCCCUGUUCUGGCUUGUGCUUUUUCCCAUGAUGGGCAGAUGCUAGUCUCCGGAUCAGUGGAUAAGUCGGUUAUAGUAUAUGAUACUAAUACUGAGAAUAUACUUCACACAUUGACUCAGCACACCAGGUAUGUCACAGCUUGUGCUUUUGCACCUCAUACCCUUUUACUUGCUACUGGUUCAAUGGACAAAACAGUGAACAUCUGGCAAUUUGACCUGGAAACACUUUGCCAAGCAAGGAGCUCAGAAGGUCACCUGAAGCAAUUUACUGAAGAUUGGUCAGAGGAGGAUGUCUCAACAUGGCUUUGUGCACAAGGUCUAAAAGACCUUGUUGGUAUUUUCAAGAAGAAUAACAUUGAUGGAAAAGAACUGCUGAAUCUUACAAAAGAAAGUCUGGCUGAUGAUUUGAAAAUUGUGCUUACUUGUUGGACACACUGGGGUCUCAUUUGCUCAGGCCCAUCAGAUGUCCUGUUGCUUUCCUCUACACAGAUGUCAACCACAGAAUCUUUAGGACUGCGUAGUAAAGUGCUGAGGAAAAUUGAAGAGCUCAGGACCAGGGUUAAAUUCCUUUCUUCAGAAAUUCCUGAUGAAUUUAUAUGUCCAAUAACUAGAGAACUUAUGAAAGAUCCAGUCAUUGCAUCAGUUACUAUAGUUGUCUUUUCUGGACAUCCCAUAUACAGGAAGAAUAAGAGCAUUAUCUGUGGAGCCAGACCGCUUGGGUUUAAAUCCCAGAUGGCUAUUCUUAUGAAAAGGAAGCAAUGGAAAAUUGGAUCAGAACAAAGAAACGUACGAGUCCCAUGACAAAUCUUGUUCUUCCUUCAGUGGUACUUACACCAAAUAGGACUCUGAAAAUGGCCAUCAAUAGAUGGCUGGAAACACAUCAAAAGUAAAAUUGUUGAUAUUAUAUUGUUUAAAUUUUCAGUAAUCUCAUUUGAAUGAUUUAAAGGUAAUUACUAAUCAGACAUUAUUAAAAAAACAGGAAAAAGGUAAACUUUUUCAAUUUAGUUACCUAUAAAAAUUGUCAAUUUCCAUUCUUUAAAAAUACAUGGACUUUUACUAUAAAACCUUUUUGUACUAGUGAAAAAAAUCUUCAGCUGUAUAGAAAUAAAGUUAUACUUUAAACUGCA